UGAGUGGGGGAUUACUUCUCUUUUUUGUCUAAGUUUUUUUUUUUUGUUCUUUCUGAGUGAAAAACAAACUCACACCUUCAGACCUACAUGGUUUCCGGCUGUGCUGCCUUUACAGCCAAUACAGGAAGAGUGGGGAGAGAUCAACUGCACACUCAGUGUUCUCCUUACAAAACAGUCUGCAAAGCAAGUUGACCGGACCACAUUCUUCACAAGCAAAGAAAAUGGCUGAUGCAGAAUGUCUGGGGGACAUGGAGUUUGACACUGGGGUAGAGGAAGGGACUCAAGACGAGAUGCAAAGGCUGACAGCACAAUGGAGUGUGGAGGAUGAAGAGGAAGCAGCUAGAGAGCGGCGCCGAAGGGAACGUGAGAGACAGUUGAGGUCCCAGGCAGAAGAAGGUCUUACCACCACCACCACUACUUCUUCAGAAAGUGGAGUGUCAGCACAAGAAAGCCGGAUUGAUUGUAAGCCUUCUGGGACUUCAGAAUUGGAAGAGGAUGAGGGCUUUAGCGACUGGUCCCAGAAACUUGAGCAGCGCAAACAGAGAUGGGCAGGGGAGGGAGCGGGAGAAGGAGAGCGGACGUGCCAUGGCGAAUGGAGAGAAGCCCAACAGGUGGCACCUGCCCACCGGGAAGGAAGUCCUAGAUCUCCAAGGCAUCCCUUUGAGGAAGACGACGGCAAUCUGAGGGAAACAGAAGCCAAGCUAGAGCAAGUCCACCUGGAUCAGGUGUCUCCCACCUUCAUCCGGUUUGUACCUGGGCCCUCAAACUUCCUCAAGUUUGCUUCAAGUUCUGUCUUGCAAGAUCAGCCUGAAGCAGAAGCAGAGCUGGAGGAACAGCAAAAGCUUAGAGAUGCAGUGGAUAUCGGAGAAGAGAAUCAGGAUGUUGGAGAAGAGCUCCAAGAUGUUGAAGAGGAGUUCCAGCAUGUCACAAAAGAGAAUAAGCAUGAAGAAGAGAAAGAAAUGCAGGAGGAGAAGAAAAGAAGAUGGAAUGAGGAAGAAGAGGCACCAGAAAAACGGCAAAGAGCUCCCAGCACUUCCAGCCAGGAGGAAGAGACUCAGCCUCCUUUAAGCCCUGCAACAAAGAUCACUGACAGAACUGAAUCUCUGAACCGCUCUGUACAAAAAAGUAACAGUGUGAAGAAGACACAGCCACCUCUCCCAGUUUCAAAGAUCGGUGACAAGCUUGAGCAGUACACGCAUGCCAUUGAGACUUCCAGCAAGACUCCAAAGCCAGUGCGUCAGCUUUCCAUUGACCUUCCUACCAAUAGUGCUGCAGUGGCCAGCACAAAAAACCUCUGGGAGACUGGUGAGGUGGCUCAAUCCCCUGUGAAGACAACACCUUGUAAGGAUAUUGUGGCUGGAGACAUUGUGAAUAAGAGAAGCAUGUGGGAGCAUAAAGAGAGCCCAAGAACAGAUGAAAAUGCUAAGGUCAAACUUCCUGGCAAGAAGUACAAGUAUGUGGCAACUGGGCAUGGCCAGUACAAAAAGGUGUUGAUAGAAGAUGACGGGGCAACACAAAAAUAGCCUGCUUUGUUACCAAACACACAGAUCUGCUUAUUUUUUGUUUGAUGGACACCUAAGGCAAUACUUCUGUGCAAUGCUGAUGUCUCCUCUGCUAAAAGGGAACUAUAUUCAAAGGAUGACUACUUCCUAGCUCAAAUUUGAAGCCUGCUUCAAAACCCAGUUGAUUUCUUCACGGAUGGGAGCACCUCCCCAAGUUGACUUCAUCUGGUCUUGGACACAGAGUCAACUCAAGUGACAAAAACAUUUUUUUAACUCUCUAGAUUGGCUAUUCAUUGUGUUUGGGAAAUUAACCUGUGUGCUGUUUUGUACCCUUCUAAUUGCUUAAUUUAGUAUAAAGAGAGGCUUACCUAUUUCUCCUAGCCAAGCCUAGGGGCUGUCUCAAUAACCAGGGACAAGCUUUCAGUAUUUAACUUCUUUUCAGCUGUGAGCAAGAAAACAAAACGAGUGUGCAAAUAAAAAUUAAGGUGAGGAGAACAGUAGGAAAAUGUAGUAGCUUACAGUUGAUUCUAAGGAUCUUUCUACCAUUUUCUGAGCCUUCAAAAUGGCAGUGCAUAUCAGUCUCUCACCUCUUGACUAUAACAUGAAUGUUUUUGAUGGUGGUGACACACUGUUCUAAACUUCUUAAUAUUAAAUGAGGGGGAAGUGGCAUACAACUAAACAUUCAUUAUGGUCUUGUCACAUUGGUCUAUUCUACUUACAAUCCACUCAUAGUUUUCUUGUCUGGAUGACUUUUUCUUUAUUCAGUCAAGUUAGGUAACCUUCUGGCUUAUGUUCUAAUUGAGAUACGUAUAAUAAAUUAUGUAAAGGUUCUUCUCUCGCUAUUUCAUUUGGGGCAAUUGUCAUGUGGCUGACAAGCACUUCAGGAAUUUUUUCCCCCAAAGUGCCUAUCUGACUCAUAAUGAAGUGCUUAUUUUGGAUUCCCAUUGAAUUCUCCUGUGAUAGAUUAUUCAUGUGCACAAAGGCUGAAUCUUCCUUCUCCCAGCUGGGUGUAUACUUUCCUUCCCUAAGGCAUAAGCUUUAAGGUGAGCUCCAGGUAUGGGUUUGAGAAGUGAUAGAGGAUUCAAUCCUGUGCAUGAGUUAAUGCCCAAUGCACCUAAGAGGCCUCUGUCCUUCCCACCUGAACCAUCCCUGCUUUGAAAGGGGGCAUGGUAGUGGUUCUGCCAGAGUUACCAGUCUGGUGUGUGGUUGGGAUGAAGGGUAAUUUCCAGAAGCUAGCCAAACUGGUUCUUAAAAGAAACCCUUCAAAAAUGGCUGCUAAUACUUGCAUGGAGUACUUGACUGCAUGUGAAGGGUCCCAUGCCUUGUCAUAUAAAUGCAUCUAUUAGCCUGCCAACUUCAAAAGCUUUGCCUUCCCCUCCCUCCCAUUAUACAAGAGAAAAUGAACCACCAUAUCCUGUUUCAAUUCUCCCAAGACUGGAAUUUGCAUCUCAAGGGCUUAGAGUAUUUUCUGUAUCUUCCCUCCCUGUUGCUUUUACUUGUUACCAUUCUGUGUGACCUGGACUUGUUUUUCUAAGCAUUUAAUAAAAUUUCUGAGAAACAUAAA